AUGGAGGUCAAUCUCGAUGCCACAUCUGCAAGAAACUCGUCACCAUGCCACAUCGCUGCUUUGUUCAAAGGAAACCUAAACCCAAACGCAAACAAGGAUUUGAAAAUGUACAUUUAUUACGACUUCGAAUGUACACAGGAAAACGGAAUUCACAUUCCUAAUUUAUGUGUAGCAGAACGCGUGUGUCAACAUUGCGACAGUUUAGAUAUCGACAUCCCCUGUCACCACUGUCAAGGCUUUGGAGCGCAACGCCGCUUCGUAUUUCAAGGCCCAGACACCUUAAAACAGUUUAUGGACUGGUUAUUGCAGGCCGAGACGGGUAAUGUGACUUUCAAACACGACGAGGCUACCAUCAUUGCGCACAAUUUCAAGGGAUACGAUGGGCAGUUCAUCUUGAACUAUCUGGUUCACACAGCCUGUAUCAAACCCGCAGUUAUCCUCAACGGGAGUAAAAUCUUAUCCAUGGGAGUAUUCGGCUUGAGAUUCAUCGAUUCUUACAAUUUCUUACCCUUUGCCCUGGCCAAGAUGCCCUCUGCGUUUGGAUUAACAGAACUGAAAAAAGGCUAUUUCCCCCACUUUUUCAACACGGAACAGAACCAGAAUUACGUGGGGCCUUAUGCAGAUGCGCACUACUACAAUCCUGACGACAUGUCGAUAGCCAAUCGCGAGGCCUUCUAUACCUGGUACAAUCAGCAUCAGGGAAAAGAGUUUGAUUUCCAGAAGGAAUUUCUAGCUUACUGUAUCUCGGACGUGGAUAUUUUGCGCCGGUGUUGUGCGCAAUUUAAGUCUACCCUCUAUGGUCUCGUACGGGUCGACCCAUUUCAGGAAUCGAUUACUUUUGCGAGCACGGCUAAUUUAGCCUAUCGACGAGGAUUCAUGCCCCCGGACACCAUUGCCAUUAUUCCUAAUAUGGGAUAUCAACCAUCGCGCCGCUACUCGGCCAAGGCUUGUCGUUGGUUAGCCUGGUUAGAGAAUCAACACCAUUCCAUACGUCAUGCUAAAAACGGGGGUGAAGUCACUUUAGGGCCCUAUACGGUGGACGGGUACGAUGAGGAAUCGCGCAUCGUCUAUGAAUUCUACGGCUGUUACUGGCACGGGUGUCCUAUCUGUUAUCCGAAUCUGUUGACGGAAAUGCAUCCUCAUCGAGUCCAACAUACGUAUCAAGAUCUACACGUGCAGACCUUGAAACGAGCCACAGCUUUAGAGGAACAAGGGUAUACAGUCGUGAGCCUAUGGGAACACGAGUUUGACCAGCAAGUUCAAAACAACUCCGAGUUACAAGAAUUCCUGCGAGACCUCGAUAUUCAGGACCCCUUAAAUCCUCGGGAAGCCUUAUACGGAGGUCGUACCAAUGCCACCGUCUGUAUUGCAACGAGGGAGACAUGCGAUACGUCGAUGUGUGUUCCUUGUAUCCUUACGUUCUGA